UGUUUAGAGCUUUUACGCACAUCCUCAGUGUGCGUAAAAUGUGAUUUUCUUUGGAGAUGCUCAACUUUUUCCUCUAGUGUUGACAUGAGUUGCUUGUUCGAAGUCUUGUGAAGCUGCACUGCUGUUUGUUUGAUGAAAAUGUUCUGGGAAACAUGACUUUUAAUCGGAUUUUUUAUAUGAGGGGUUCAAAAUAAAAAUGUAAGAAUCGCUUUGGCUAUUAGAUUUAUUUAUCUUAUAUGCAUGAUUAUAAAUAAAUAGAGAGUAAAUAAUUAAAAAAAAUAUGUAUCAAACUUAUCUUGUCUCCAAAAUAUAAAAAAAUUAAAACAAAUGAGGCAGAGAGGAAAGAAAUAAUAAAGAAAAUUGGGCCCAUAACGUGUUUUAAGGUCUAUAUUUUGUCAUAACUCAGGAUAUUUUCUAAAGACUAAUGACAAAUUGACCUAUUUAUGUAAUAAAAUUUGCAUUAGUAAGUCUAAAAUAAGACAAAAGAUGUUUGGUGCAAAUUAUUUUCAAAUAAAUGCACAAUUUGAAAAAAAAAAUGGUGACGCCAUGUUGCGCUGCAGGUAUUGUAAAAAAAGCGCGCGGCACCUCCACGGGGACGCACCUCGCGCUUCACCUUGAAGACAUGAUUCAUUCAUCGGCUCUUCUUUUACCACAUAAGGCGGCACGAGCGGCCCCCGCGGCGGGCGGGACGAGAACAAAGUUCCGGGGGGCUGUGAUAACUCUUGAUUGGUCGCUCUGCGCCGUGACUGAUAGCUCCCUCUCCUGCUCUCCUCUGCGCUGCUUGUUGACACUCUCCAAAAGUCCUCGCGGCGCCCUCGGAUAACGGAGGCUGUCCGCUCCUCCCAGCUCACCUUGCGUUCUGGUUCGGCAAGAAAAAAAAAGCGGGCACCGUGGAUGUCUUUUCAAAAGUCUUCUUGCUCGUGAUCUUCUUCUCCUGAGUUCCCGGACAGAAAUGGCUGAGAAGCGGAGGUCUCCGUGCGCGAUGAGCGUCAAGGCGCACGCGUUCUCGGUGGAGGCGCUAAUUGGAGCGGAAAAACGGCGCAGGACGAGCGGAGAGGAUGCGGUGUGUCCCGGGUAUGAGGAGGCCAACGAUGUUUCUGAUUUAACCGGGACGACGGCGCUCAGAGGCGGAAGAGCGUGCGCCGCUGACCGGACCAGCGAGGCCGAAAGCGCCAGCGACGGAUCCCCGGAGAGCGAGGACGCGCUGCAGGAGAGCCCGCAGCCCGCAGCGCCGUGCGCGGCGCCUGCAACAACCGGGAGAGGAGAGGAGACGCGCGUGGACCUGCAGGGAUCGGACCUGUGGAAACGCUUCCACGAGAUCGGCACGGAGAUGAUUAUCACCAAGGCCGGACGGCGGAUGUUUCCCGCCAUGCGAGUCAAAAUAACAGGCUUAGACCCCCAUCAGCAGUACUACGUUGCCAUGGAUAUAAUCCCCGUGGAUAACAAGCGAUACAGGUACGUGUAUCACAGCUCCAAGUGGAUGGUGGCGGGGAACGCCGACUCCCCUGUGCCUCCACGAGUGUACAUCCACCCGGACUCCCCCGCCUCAGGGGAGACGUGGAUGAGGCAGGUGGUCAGCUUCGACAAACUCAAACUGACCAACAACGAGUUGGACGACCAGGGGCACAUCAUCCUUCACUCCAUGCACAAGUACCAGCCGCGGGUCCAUGUCAUCCGAAAGGAGUGUGGGGAGGAGCUGUCUCCCGUGAGGGCCAUCCCCGUCGGGGAGGGCACCCACACCUUCUCCUUCUCUGAAACGGUGUUCACCACCGUCACGGCGUACCAGAACCAGCAGAUCACAAGACUGAAAAUCGACAGAAACCCGUUUGCAAAAGGCUUCAGAGACUCAGGCAGAAACAGGAUGGGCUUGGAAGCUUUGGUGGAGUCCUACGCAUUCUGGCGGCCGUCUCUGCGAACGCUCACGUUUGAGGACAUACCUGGAAUGGCCAAGCAAGGCGUCCCAGGGGCUCAUGGAGGAGUUGGAGGAUCAUCUCAUCUGCUCUCCACAUCACCGUGCUCAUCUCCUUUCCAAGUCUGCCCCCUCAGCCCACCUGAUUACACCUGCACCCGGCCUGCGCACGCACUACACCGCUACAGCAACCCCCCAGAGCCGUUCCCGCCUCCCAGGGGCCCGUCCAGCUACGACGCUGAAGGAUUCUGCUCCCUGCCCCUCCCUGCCGCCCAGCUCGGCUAUCUAUCCAACCCCACCCCUCAGGGUUACGCUGGCCUUCGCCUCCACACGCAGCCCUACAGCCUGUACGGUUACACAUUCCCGCCGUCACCACGCCUCGCCGCCAGCCCUGAUAAAAUGCCCACCGCUGCCAGCGCCAGUCAUCAGAGCCCUUUUCUGGGUUCUUCUCCCAGUGGGACUCUUACAGACAGUCUCGGUGUGCUGGGCGCCGGACAGCAGGGCUUCUUGUUUGACUCUCGGACCAUAGGAGUGGGGAACAGCCAACCGGGAAGUGGGCAGUCACAGGUCACCGCCCACUUGGGCUGAACUUGACUCUAAUCACAAAACAAACAAAAUUGCACCCUGGUAUGGGCGUGUGUUGCUUUAGGAUCAAACAUUCUAUGAAUACUAAUGUACAGAUGUGGUAUAAAACUGGACAGAUCAAAGGACUGUCUCUAUGAGUUGUCUAAAGGAAAUGACAUAGUGGGGUUUCUUUGACACAAUUUUGUAAAAUCCAGAAACCACUAACUCAGCUGGAACUGAACCUGGACCGGGCAGCGGAAGACAAUCUAAGCAAGCACUUAGACUCCUGAGAGAGCUCUGAAUCACUUUGAUACCAAACCCAGUAUUGCCUCUGACUGGACGGAUCCACCAAUUUAUACUUCGCCAAAUGUCUUCUUAGCCAAGUCUACACCAACAUGGAAUACAGUUUUUGCCUUCAUGACUCUUAAAAAAUAAAAUAACAUCUGCGGAGACAUGAUGGCAGCAAGUGACCUCCUAUUUCUUGUCAAACGUGGACAAAAAUGUGGGAACGGUCAACCUACAUAUUGUGUAUUCAGUCAAUCCAUUUGGAAUCAUUUUACGUUUCUGUAAGAAGAGGGCACCAGGAAGAGAUGCCUUUAAAAAGAGGGUUUGUGCCUCUUUGCACUUAAAAACCCCAACGCACCUGCUUCGGCUGUUAAGAUGGGGGUCAGGUGCACCUACCCCCACGCUUGACUGAAAAGCUUCUCUUUGCCAAAGGACAAACGCACGCUCUGUGACUUUUUGAGCCAAAUAAACUAUUAGUACAGUGA